GUCCAUAUAUGGCCGGGCUGGGCCGGCGCUAGGACCCGGCGUUGUAACCUGCGCCUCCCCGCGGUGGUGGUAGCACUAGGACCGAGCAGAACAUUAGUAUUACACAGGUCUGGAUGACUGCGAGGACAGCAAAAUGGCUGUGAAUCUCAGCAAGAAUCGACUGGCCCUGUUAACAGCCUACCAGGAUGUUAUCAGCGAGACUUCGUCCACCGACUGGGCCUUAUACACGUAUGAGGACAACACCAAUGACCUAACACUGGCGUCCUCCGGAGGAGGCGGGCUGCCAGAGAUCACCCUGUCUUUUGAAAGCACACGGGUCAUGUAUGGCUUCUGCAGUCUGAAGGAGCCCACUGCUGCCCUGCCUCGCUACAUCCUCAUCAACUGGGUGGGCGAGGACGUGCCGGAUGCCAGGAAGUGUGCGUGUGCCAGCCACGUGGCCACGAUCGCGGAGUUUUUUCAGGUCGGUGCUACUGAGGGCGUCGAUGUUAUUAUCAACGCCAGCAGCAUUGAAGACAUUGACCCUGCUGCCAUUGGCCAGAGACUGACCAAUGGCAUGGGCCCUGUUGCCAGCCCUGUGCUCAGCCGUCUGCGAAUGAGAGACGAGGAGCACCCAGACACUGUGGGCACCAGCUACCAGAAGACCAAUGCAGAGAUCGAAAUGAAGAAAAUCAACCGGGAGGAGUUCUGGGAGCAAGCCAAGCGCGAGGAGGAGCUGCGCAAGGAGGAGGAGCGGCGGAAGGCGGCCGAGGAGCGCCAGCGGUUCGAGGAGGAGCGCAUGGAGCAGGAGCGGCGCGAGCAGGAGGAGCGCGAGCGGCGGUACCGCGAGAGGGAGCAGCAGAUCGAGGAGCACAGACCCCUCACAGAUGGUCCCGAAGUAGUCCACCAGAGUCCAUACCCGAGGUGCCCCGGUGAACAGUGGAAGAAGCUGCUACAGAGCCAGGAGGAUGAGGAAGCCAAAGAGAAGACGAGAGACCCGUCCCUUUUCGUAGAGCCAGAGAACGAAAGCAGUGCCCAGGACAGGAAGGAGUCUGAAGUGGAGGAGGCUGCGGCGAUCAUCGCUCAGCGGACGGAGAACCCGCGCGAGUUCUUCAAGCAGAGGGAGAAGGCGGUGGCCUGCAGUUUCGACAGCUCUCCCGUCAGCGGCCACAGGACAGGCCGCUUGGACAGCCCGUUCUUGAAGUUGCAACACAGUCUUCCUGAGCCCAGCUCGUCCCCCCCUCGCUCCCCGCUGCUGUCGCCAGCACCGCCCCACGCCCGGCUGCAGCCAGGUCAGCCCGAUGACAAUGCAGAUGCUGGCACAGACCAGAGCCCUGCCUCCAUCUCCCCAACAUCCAUCCCCAAAAUCGUGACCACGCCCAUCCUGGAGGAGACGGAAGACGACUCCCAGCCGGAGAUCCGGGAGGACUGGGCCCCAGAGCCGGAGCAGCCCCCCCCCGUGCAGGAGACCUCUCCAGCCAAGCCUGUCCAAAGUGUGGCCCCCCAGGCCAGAGAGCCCCUCGUGCCCUCGGGAGAAGCAGCGGACACCGCCUUAGCCGGCUUCCGAGAUCAGCCGGCACCUGCCCCGCAGGAGUCGGGCAGCCUGCUGGACCUCUGGGAGAGCUCUGACCCUCAGGUCCCCCCCGUCCCCAACCAGGAGCCCCUGCCAGCGCUGGUGGACCUCUCGGAGACGUCCCCCACGGCUCCCCCGGCCGCGCUGACGGACCUGGCCCCAGGGGAUGAGCCAGCCCCCCUCCCCCAGCCCCUCCUGAGCUUCGACGACUUGCCCGAGCCGCCUGCCUCCUUCUGCGAGGGCGCCGCGGAGGAAGACGACCCCUCCAGCUUGGUGGACGUGGCCGGCACUCACCCGAUGACCAUCAGCUACCAGCAUGCCCUGCAGCAGGCCUCGGGCUCCGACAGCCAGGACCUCGACGACGGCCAGCUGCUGAUGACCAACGGGGAGGCGCUGCUGAAGGAAGGGACACAGGCAAGCGAAGGCUAUUUCAGCCAGUCGCAGGAGGAAGAGUUUGCCCAGUCGGAGGAGAGCUCUGCGAAGAUCACCCCCACACCAGUUUUCUAUAACAAGCCCCCAGAGAUCGACAUCACCUGCUGGGACAACGACCCCGUGACGGAGGAUGAUGAGUACGGCGCUGCGGAGUGACGAGAGGAAGGUGAAGGCGUCUUCGAAAAACUAAUAAUGUAAUAAUAAGUCUUGCAUCAAAAAAAUCUGUAAAAUGUAAAAAAAAAAAAAGGUAAACUACUGGAAAGAUUCUGGUUAUUGUUAAAGAUGCAAAAGAGCUCCAUUUGUCCUUGCUCUGCCCUCGGUAAAGAAGCAAACUCUAGCACGGAAGAUUGGGUGCAUAUUAUAGGGAAGACUGAAGCUUAACUUGGGAGCAAAAUCAGUAAGGCAGAUAAAGCACUUUGCAUUGGCUUCACUAGAAGUGGACGGCGUGUUAGACGCGUAGAGGCCUCGCUGUCCCUUCGCACUCCUUGGCACCUGCUCCUGUAGCUUUAGCUCCUCCUGUGUGGAUCCCUUCCUCUUGUUUAGUUAGCAGAAGAAAUCCUGCGGUCAGUUCUCUUGAGUUCCAUCGGGUCUUUUUCCCACCUCCUGGAAGGAGGGCUUGAGGACCCCUAGUCUGUGUGUGUGGGAGGGGUCCCCGGGCUGUGCGAGCUCCUUGUGUCCCUUCCUUUUUAUCAAUAUUGGAGAGUUGCUGCUUUCAGAGGAUCCAUUUGACUCUGCUUCUGAGAACGGGAGGCCAACUGCAUAACUAAUGACUGUUUUAGGAUCGUGCCAAUUCACUUUUUAAAUAGCUUUGUUUGUACUUGUAUAUUUUGAGCACCAAAAAAGACUCAGUCGAGGGAAAAUGGAUAGAUGGCGUGCGUUUUAUUUUAUUGGGGACAGCAAUCUUUAACUAUGGAACUGUGGAAACCAUACCAGUACUGCUAGCCGAAACUAGACUCUUCUCUGUACCCUCAAGCCUCAGUAUUUGAUUCUGUGCUCCAGCAUAGUUUACAGUGGUAUAGUCCGUUUUUCUAUGUGUUAAACCUAGCAUUUUAAAAUUGCUCUUACGUCUUCUUAACCAGUUCUAUAUGUAUGUGUGCACUGGAAGUGAUAAUGCUAACGUCAGGGGUUACAAAUCCCUGAUAGAAACUUGGAAUAUAUCCGCAGGAGAACAAGAAGGAAGCUGCACAUCAGUUAACCUACUAGUAGCCAAUCAUUACAAAUACUAACUUCACUGUUAUGCAUGUUAUUAACAAAAAGGCACACUGUUCUCUUCUACAAAUGUGUAAUUCACUGUUAAUAGUUUCCUAAUCACAUCCUAUAAAGUGUCUCUUGUAACCUGUAUGUUAAAAGUAAUGAUUUUACCAGCUUCAAGUCAGUAAUCCUUGCACAGGGGGUCGGAAUGGAGCUGGGAGCUGAGGGAGAAAGACUUGGACAUGCAGGUUCGGAACUGGACACUGAAAUUUUGUUUCACAACGUGCGUUUUACAUGAUCAGAACUGUGCUGCUUUUUCCUUGAAAUAAAUAAAACAUAUGAAGAACAGAA